UUGUUGCGAGAAAAGAUGAGCAAAGAUCAAACACCGCUGGGCAAGUCACACAAAUCUAACAAGAAAAAGGACGAGGAUGAUCCAGGGAAACUCGUCAAGCCGGCAGAUCAACUGGAUCUUCCGGAUGCGGAUCUUAAAGAGGAAAUCACAAAGAUGCUGAUUGCGACAAAUCCACACGCUCCAGAAAAUCUUGCCCACUACAAAUUCAGCGAAGGUGCGUACAUGGUGACCACCGACGUGGAGCAUUUGGUGGUCCACUUCAGCAUAGAGGGCGUUCUGGACUACGAUGAUGAUGCUCCCAGUCCCACGGGCAGUGACGGCAUUGAAGAUGAUACUACAGCAAAACCUGAAGAGGACACAUCUGGGGGCGAGGAGGACGACGACGACCGAGCAGACAGUGUCGCCUCCAAAGCAAACAAUCAGGAACCCAAAUCUACAAACCAGUUCAACUUCAUCGAGAGAGCCUCCCAGACGUUCAAUAAUCCACUGCAGGGCAGAAGUUGCCAGACCAUACCUCCACCCCGCUGCAAGUACGCCGCCACUGCUAGUCAGUGGGAGAUAUUUGAUGCCUACAAGGACGAGCUGCACAAACAAGAAGUCCUGAAGGAGAAACUGAAACCAAAGAACGAGGGCGACAGAACCAAGAAGAAGAUACUUCCCAUUGAGACGCCGAGCGACGACAUCACCCGGGUGGCAAAAGCAGCCAAGCUGUUUGAGCGAAUGGUCAACCAGAACACUUUCAAUGAGAUCUCACAAGAUUUUAGAUACUACGAGGAUGCAGCAGAUGAAUUUAGGGAGCAGGAGGGCACUCUUCUUCCCCUGUGGAAGUUCCAGUAUGAAAAAGUCAAAACCAUGUGUGUCACUGCCCUCUGCUGGAAUGUUAUUUACCCAGACUUUUUCGGAGUGGGAUUGGGAUCAUAUGAAUUCAGCAAACAGGGUCGUGGGAUGCUUCUUUUCUACACGCUGAAGAACUCCACCUACCCCGAGUACAUCUUCCCCACCAGUUGUGGCGUCCUGUGCCUGGACAUCCAUAAGCAACAUUCCUACUUGGUGGCCGUAGGCUUCUAUGAUGGCUGUGUGGGCGUGUACAACCUGAAGAACAAGGGACUGGACCCCGAGUACAAGAGUACUUCUAAUACCGGCAAGCACAGUGACCCCGUCUGGCAGGUUCGGUGGCAGAAAGACAACAGCCUCAAUUUCUAUUCCGUGUCCUGUGAUGGCCGAGUCGUGUCUUGGACAAUCAUGAAGAACGAGCUGGUCUUCACAGAUGCUAUCAGGCUAAUGCUAACCGAUCCAGUGUCUGAUGGCCUAGAUGGUAUCAAAGAGCUCACAUCUGCUGGUGGUACUUCCAUGGACUUCCACAGGCAGAUCGAGUCUCUCUUCCUUGUUGGCACCGAGGAGGGUAAAAUACACAAGUGCUCCAAGAAUUACUCCAACCAAUACCUGGCCACCUACGAUGCCCACAACAUGGCAGUGCAUACAGUGAAGUGGAAUCCCUACCACCCAAAGGUUUUUAUCUCUUGCAGUUCAGACUGGACCGUCAAGAUCUGGGACCAUGAUUACAACACUCCCAUGUUUACCUUUGAACUGAAUGCCUCAGUUGGUGAUGUGGUCUGGGCUCCGAACUCCUCCACCGUCUUUGCUGCCGUCACCACAGAAGGAUUGGUGCAUGUUUUCGACCUGGCCAUCAACAAGUACCAGGCUAUCUGCCAGCAGCCAGUGGUGCCCAAGAAGAAGACCAAGCUGACACACAUUGCGUUUAAUCCCAUCCAUCCUGUCGUCAUAGUGGGCGACGACCGAGGCACCGUUAUCAGCCUCAAACUUUCCCCGAACCUCCGCAAGAAACCAAAGGGCAAGAAGGGCCGGGACUUGGUUGAAGGUCCCGAGGCGGAGGUAGCCAAGAUGGAGAAGCUGCUCGGUUUGCUGAGAGACUUUGAACCAAGCAAGGCGUAAAAAAGCCGCAAUG